AUGUCUUUUCUACUCUACGCCGCCUACUUCCUGGCAGGCUAUGCCGCCCUGACAGCGGCUCUGUACGUGCUAUCCUACGCCGUACCUCGGGCGAGCUUCGCCGCGCGCGUGCUGGCAUCGUACAUGACGCUCCUGGCCGCCGCGCUGUACGGCGUGCUGGCCUCUACGGUCCUCACGAUCCUGGGACGCCAGCAGAUCUCCCAGUGGACCACGGGCCGGGCCUUCCACUACUGGAUGCGCCUCACCACGGGCAUCCAGUUCGACAUCGACGACCCGGCUGACGUCCUGGGCACCACCCGGCCCGCCGUCUUCAUCGGCAACCACCAGACCGAGCUGGACGUGCUCAUGCUGGGCGCCAUGUUUCCCAAGUACUGCAGCGUCACGGCCAAGGCGUCGCUCAAGCGCGUCCCCGUCCUGGGCUGGUUCAUGGCCUUGUCGGGCUCCAUCUUCAUCGACCGCCGCAACUCCAAGGACGCCCGCGAGGCCAUGAAGGGCGCCGCCGACGAGAUCAGGGCCAAGCGUCAGAGCGUCUACAUGUUCCCCGAGGGCACCAGGUCCUACGCCAAGGAGCCCAUGCUCCUCCCCUUCAAGAAGGGCGCCUUCCACCUCGCCGUCCAGGCCGGCGUGCCCAUCGUCCCCUGCGUGGUUGCUAACUACAGCCACGUCUUGUUCAUCAAGGGCUUCGUCUUCAACUCGGGCCGUAUCCCCGUCAAGGUCCUCGACCCCAUCCCGACAAAGGGCCUCACCUCGGCCGACGUCGACCAACUCGCCAGCACGACCCGCGACCUCAUGCUCAGGGAACUCGUCGCCCUCACCGCCAAGGCAAGGGGCGAACUGAUUCCUGUACCUGCCACCACUGAAGAGGCCAAGUCUACCAGCGUCGAUGCGUCAUCAUGA